AUGGCAGAAUUGAAAGAAAUCAUUAAAACACAAUUUCAUGUUAAAAAACAUUCACAGCUCAAGAAGUUAUCCCAUAUCAACUGCAUAUUGAUCGGAAGGAUGAAGGCGGGUCUAGUUGUAAUGGAGUUAUUUGCUGAUAAAACCCCAAAAACUGCUGAAAAUUUCCGUGCUCUUUGCACCGGAGAUAAGGGGAUUGGAUUAUCAGAGAAGCCACUGCACUUUAAGGGAUCCACAUUUCAUCGCAUUAUCCCAAACUUCAUGUGCCAGGGUGGAGAUUUCACAAGAGGCAACGGAACUGGAGGAGAGUCGAUUUAUGGGGCGAAAUUCGCAGAUGAGAACUUCAACUUGAAGCAUACUGGCCCUGGAAUUUUGUCCAUGGCGAAUUCUGGACCUAAUACGAAGGGUUCACAGUUCUUCAUUUGCACCGUGAGCACACCUUGGCUUGACGGAAAGCACGUUGUGUUUGGAAAAGUUGUCGAUGGAUACAGUGUUGUUGAGAAGAUGGAAAAGGUGAGUUCGGAGCGUGGGACUACUUCUGAACCUGUUGUGAUCGAAGAUUGCGGUCAGAUAAAAGAUGAGUGUUGAUGUUUGAAUAGUUGGUGAAGUUUCAAGUAACAUCAUAGCUUAGGGUUGCUUUUAGUACUAGUUAGUUUCAAGUUUGAAGCAAAAAUUGUGUUUUGUAUGAAGAAAAGUGAUGUAAUGCAAAUAAUACUUUGAAUG